AUGGACACCCGGCGCACUUGGAUUGUCGCCUCGGCUGCACUUCUUCUCUUUGCUGCUGUGGCUCUGCUCCUGCUCACUGUGCACGUGGAGGAGAUCCAGGAACCUCCACAAUAUAUGUAUGGGAUUGUUCUGGAUGCUGGUUCUUCUCACACGUCCAUGUACGUGUACAGAUGGCCAGCGGACAAACACAACGGUACAGGCGUGGUAACCCAGCACAGCAAGUGCAAGGUGAAAGGAGGAGGCAUUUCAAGCUAUGCUGGUCAGCAGGGGGCUGCAGGCCGCAGUCUGGAGGCAUGUCUCAAACAAGCCAUGGUGGACAUACCCCAAGUACGGCAUCACCUCACACCUGUGUACCUGGGAGCUACGGCAGGCAUGAGGCUCCUGAACAUUUCCAGCCCUGAGAAGUCAACGCAGGUUCUUCAAGAAGUGAAACAAACCAUCAAAUCCUUUCCUUUCAAAUUUGAAGGAGCAAGAAUCUUGAGUGGGAAGGAGGAAGGAGCAUACGGAUGGGUCACCAACAACUAUCUGCUUGAAAAUUUCAUCAAGUAUGGCUUCAUAGGCCGGUGGUUAAACCCAGGUAAGCAGACGGUUGGUGCGUUGGAUUUAGGAGGAGCGUCCACUCAGAUAACAUUCAUCAACCAGGAGAAGAUGGAAGAUUUGGACAACAGCAUGACUUUGCGUCUCUAUGGCCGGGACUAUUCUCUGUACACACACAGCUACCUGUGCUAUGGAACAAAUGAGGUUCUGCGCCGGCUCCUGGCCCACCUUCUUAAGACCCAGGACAGCACAGACACCGUGCACCAUCCGUGCUACCCUUCAGACCACAGAGAGACCCUGAACCUGCAACAAGUGUUUGAGUCACCUUGCACUAAAUCACAGCGUCCUGCAUUAUAUAACCCUGAGACGCCAGUGAUCAUACAAGGCACAGGAGACUACCAGCACUGUCUGGGGAACAUAUCCGAGAUCUUCUCCUUCCAGAACUGUCCGUUCUCCCAGUGCUCUUUUGACAGAGUCUUCCAGCCCAACACCAGCGGCAGUUUCAUGGCUUUUUCAGGCUUCUUUUUCACGCACAGCUUUCUAAAGAAGAGCACAGGGAUCUACAUCAGCACCCCGGAUCAGCUCCAACAGGCUGCUCAGGCUGUGUGUACCAUGACCCUCGUGAAGAUGUUGAAGGAUUUUCCAGAGCAGAAGUCGUACCUGAGGGACUACUGUGCACUGACGGUGUACAUCCAGGUUCUUCUGCUGAAAGGCUACCACUUCGACAACCACUCCUUCCCCAAAGUUUCCUUUCAGAACAAGGCUGGGGACACCUCCCUGGGCUGGUCAUUGGGUUACAUGCUCAACAUGAGCAGUAUGUUACCUGAGGAGAGUGUAAAUUUGAGAAGAACCCUGCAUCCUGGAGCCUGGAUCUCCCUCCUGCUUCUCCUAGCACUCCUCAUCAGCACCAUGCUCAUCUUCAUCGUUCUCCACGUCUGCCGAAAGACAAGGAGUAAUGUUUGAUCAUGACCAAUGGGGGGCGUGACUGCUCCAAGGAUAACUAAGGAUUGUGACUUCCCUCCCUUUUAGAACUUACAGAUAACUGGAAACAGUUAAAUAAGACUUUGUAACCUCACAGUAACAGUAAAACUACUCAUUUUUAACAACAUUAAAAACACCUGAAGC